AUGACUGGUAAUGUUGUCCGUACGCCUGCCUCUAGAGCUGUUUCUAAGAGCAAAGCUAACGACAAGUCUAAGUCUAAGAUUGGUCGUCCUCGAUCUGGAAGCUUGACCCUAUCUAAACGCUCCAUCGAGAGUGAAGACAACAUCAACAAUGAGGUCUUAUCUGAUGAUGAUCUACCUGUCGGUAGUGAUCUAGAACCUGAAGUUCUCGACACGGCUACUGAUGAUG